UCAAACAUGUAUUUUUGUAGAUUUAUCACAGUUCAUAUGUGUAAACGCUAUUCCACAAAUUUUUCUUUAUAGUGAUAGAAAUAUUUUGGCAAUAUUCAAAUGGAUUUAGAUUAUUUGGAUAUAUAUGAUGAUCUGGAUGCAUUCCAACAAACAGAAGAAAAGAAAUCCAUAGAGCUACGAGAGUUGGAAGCCAAAUGCCUUGAUUCCUUAAAAAGCAUAGAAGCAUUGCAAGCGGAAAAUGCAGAUUUGAAGAAACGAAUAGAACGGAUAGGUAUAAAUUUUCAGAAUUUGUUGGAUACUGCAAAAGCCGAGAUUAAGCGAAAGGACAAACAAAUAGAACAAUUAAGAAAAGAAAAAGAUGAUAUUUGCUUCAGACGGACGCGGCCUCGUAAGGAAAGCUUAGAUUUUGCUGGUGAUAACAAUACCACAAAUAAUUGGCACAAAAACCAUUCAGAGUUUCCCGAACGUGAUUACAAAAUAACUGCUACUGAGCGUCCACAAAGGAACCCAUUUCAAGAUUAUUCUGUUGCAGAUUCUGACCAAUCAAGUAGGAGUAGAUCGCAACAUAAUCACGACGAACACAAAGUGCGCAUUUCUGAUCAGACGUUUAAGAAUGCUCGCUGUGAUGAAAGAUCUGAGCAUAAGAACGAAAUUGAAUCAAAACGUGAAAAGAAACCUCGAAAUAACAGCCCGACGGAUGAGCAUAAUUCGCGAUAUCGAGACCGUAGUAGAGAGCGAGAUAGAAGUGGACGAGCACCGGCAAGGGAGUACAGUCGUAGUCGAAAUAGAUCAACAGAACACAGUCGUAGGGAAGAACGGGAUUAUAGAAAUCAGAAAUUUGAUGAUUAUACCAAAAGACAUCGUUCUCGUGAGAAAUACGGCGAGCGUUCAAGAUAUAACGGAAAAGAUCCAAAAACAAGGCUUGAUAAUCAAGAAUAUAAUCAGGAAAGGCGAGGUGAUAUUAAAAAGGUGCAACACGGUGACAUUAAAAAUGAAUACAAGGCUAAUCAUAAUACGGAAAGUUCAAAAAAGAGUAAAAUUGAAACGACAUCUAAAACCGUCGACGAACCUAAGCCAAGUAAUUUAUUUCGAGAGAAAGGUUUAAAAAGUGGAGAAAGGGAAAUCGAUAAAUAUGAUAAACGUCUCACACCAAAGGGAAACUCAACAGAGAGCAAAGCCAGUAAUAUACUUCCAGAAAAGAAAUUGACCAAGGAAAGUUUACUAAUCUUAGAAAGUAAUAGCGGGUCUGAAACUAAUAAUACUACAGAUCAUACCGCGACAUCAAAUAGUAUGACAACACCAAACAAAGCAACUUUGUUUGAUAAACUUUUCGGUGGAACACCUAAGAAUGUUGGGACUAUGAACAUAACUAAUGAACUGAAAUUGGCGAAAAGCAAUAUUAGCUCUGCUACAACCUCACCGAGCAAGUAUACCGAUACCAGUGAACAAAAUACAAAAUCGCCCUCAACCAAUGAAUUCAAUGCUAAUAUUGAUGAAUGCAGCACUGAUUCGAACAAAGAAUUUGAUUUCAGAUAUUUACAAACAAUUAAUGCGGUAACCAAUAAGUCAAAACCUAAGGAAUGCGCUGAUUUUAACGAUGUUUUAAUUAAAAGUUUUGCUACAACUUCAACUAAAGAGACAUCUACGACGGAGCGAGUUAUUUCACAGUCGGAUGACGAAGAUUACAUUGAAAUUAACAAAACAAAUUCAAAGAAAAAAGUGAUUGAUGUGGAAAAGCCAGCUUCGGAUAAAGUGACGAUCAGUAGUUUCCCGAAUUUGGGCGCCGUACAAAUUUUACAAAAUAGUCGCUUGCCCAACAUUUAUGAAAUACGCGCCUAUCAGAGGCGUCUAAGAGAGGAAGCUGCUGCUACUGAAAAUUCCCAACGAGAAAGUAUAGCAAAGGUGAAGAACGCAGAACCCAAUGUAACUAAAACAAGCCGAAUAGCUCAAGAGAAAACAGCUGAAAUUAUUGCUCCAAACCAAGAAACCGACAGCGGAGCACCACAAUCUGCAACUAUUGUCGAAAGUAAUAAAGUUGUAAUUGCAAAAGAAGUCUUUGGCGAAUCGGAUAUUAAUAAUGGCAAAAACAUUCGGAUCGAAAAAAUAAAGACAGUUACAAUUAAAGAUGGUAGUAAAAAUUCCAAUAUGGUUGUAAAUGCGAAUGAUUUGGAGAAAGCUGAAGUGAUUGCUGACACUAAGAGCUCUGCAAACCCGAACAAUACUCUGUUGCGAGUUACUGCAACUUUAGUUGAGGAGAAAAAUUGUAAAUUGAAGAACGAACAAGUAGUAACUGCAAUGCCAAUUCCAGAAACUACAAGUAUAGAAACCUUAGACUUGGAAAAUGAAGUAUUUAGUUCCAAAAGAACAGCUGAAAAAUCUGCGGUAAUGAUAGAAAGAAUGAAUCAUGAAAAAACUGCUACUGGAAGCACCUCCUUUGGUGAAACUGAAACUCUUUUGCAGAAGGUGAAGACCGUGGUUCAGAAAGUCUCUUUUACAAAUAAAACAAAAGCUGAUACCAUCGUUUUGCCCGAGUGCAAUGGUCAAAGUGUAUUUGAGAACAGAAAAAUGGAGACCGAUGACUCAAUACACGAAGCUGAAGGAAAAUGUUGCAAUUUACCCACAAAUUCGCCAACCGAAAAUGUGGAAGCUGCUACAUGCAUUGACAAUGAUAAUAAGUUAUCUGACGAUAUAAUAGCGAGUGAAAGUAAAGCAGGCUCUCUGAAGGUAUCAAAGAAACCACAGCAACCCCUAGAGGAUAUAAAAGUAAUAUCUAAUAAUUGUCCUCCUAACGAACAGCUCUCCUGUAAAAGCAACAGCUGCGUGGAUACAACUAUCAUUAAUGACCUAGAAGCAUCUGGAGAAAAUACGACAAAGCUAAUGGAUUUAUGUGAUGGUAAAACAAAGCAACUGGCAGAAGAUUCUUCUAUUAAUAUUCAUAGUAAUGGUUCAGCUAAAAACAAUAAACCUACUUGUGACAUCAACAAUAGUGUAGACACAACUGUAGUUAAUGUUCCAAAAGCAAAUGGUGAAAAUACCGGCCAACUUUUGGAUCUUUAUAAUGACGAAGCCAAGACAAUGGUAAAUGAUGCUAAAUCAAGUACAACUGAAUUGCUGGUAGACAAGAAUUGUGAGAAAGGAGCGAACGAAGAGGACGCGCAAAGAGAAAUAGUUGCAUCAGAAGCAACAAAUCCCAUCAUUGCUGAAUUAAAACCUAUUACUACUGAGCGGAAUGAAAUGAACUCUGUAGACAUUUUAAAUGAAGUUGUAGGAAAUACGGUGAUUUCGAGUGACCAGUUGGCGAAAGUUGACCGUAUACAAAGCGAUAAGAACGUGAUCAAUGAGGAAGACAUAGUUACCGAUAAAUCAAAUGUACAAAAAGUAUUUUUGGAGCAUACAUCAAUUGCUGAACAAAAACCUAUAGACCAACGAAAUAUAUUCGAUGAAUCGGCGUUGGCAAAGUCUGAAAAAAUGUUUAAUUGUACAAAUACUGCAAAGGAACAUUCUAAUGUAACGGAAGCUGAGCGUGGUAAUACUGUCAGCAGUGAAAUUAGUACGAGGAAUGCAACAAUGGAUAUUAGUAUUGACCGAGCAAGCUUGAAACUACCACCAAAACCAGUUAUCAUGAAUCAAACGCAAAAAAAGCUUCCUGCAGUAGUGACGAAUACAAUUAUCACUGCAGCUGCUCUUGAAAAAUCCGUAAAGGGAACAUGCGCAUACAGUGGACUUAUUGAUAAUAUGAAACGAUCGGAAAUUAUGUGGAAAUUUAAAAUUCCCAAAAUUAGCGCUAAAAGAAAAAGAGACGAUGAAAGUGAAGCUAAUAACAUUAAAAAGAUUGAUUUAAAUGAAGGCAUCGAUGAACAAGUCGCAACGAAGGAUGAGGAAGGAACUAAUAAUGUAGAAGAAUCAACAAACACUCUUAGCAAAAAAUCUAAAAAAGAUGACAAGAUUGUAAAGAUGAAAGCGAGCGAAAUAAUUCUGGUACCUGAUGUAAGUGCAAAAAUUGAGCGAGAGCGGUUGUUAAAAGACGAGACAAAAGCUGAGAAGCAAAGAUUGUUGGAGCAGGAAAAAAGUCGGAGUAUAAUAAAAGAAAUCGAUAAUUGGGCAAGAAGAAAAGUGGGUGAAACAACAGAUACUAUGGAAAAGGAUAAACAGUUAUAUGCACAGCAAUCGCAUCAAAUUUCUGAAAGAGUGUGUGUAGAUGAAGAAAGGUCAAUAAAAAAUGAGAAAAUGUUGCUGAAAAGCGAGAAGGAUCAAAAUUAUUGUGCCACUGAAUCAAACGUAUUUGAAAAAACAUCUGGUACUGAGCGAAACGGCAAGUAUAAUACGGAAGAUAUGAAAUUUAAUGUAGACUCUACAAGAACAAGUGAUCAUAUUUCAGACAACCGCACAAAGUAUAAACCACAACACUAUAAGCAUCAACAAGUUGAUGGUCAAAGAGUAUUGAGUAAAGAAAAACUUAAAGACAAUGAAAGCGCUAAACACUGUUUGCCUGAUAGGAGAAAUGAACUUGAAAAAGUUGUGAUCGCAACAGAAAAUACAAAAGAAAAGACUGAUAUACCUAGACUUUCUAAUAAUAAUAAUAGCGAAAGCAAAUCUCGCAACAAAUCGCCACAUAGACUUCCAUCGAGCACAAGGGAAAAGAAAAAACAUGCCACAAAAAUCGUACAACAACAUGAGUAUCACCUGACUGAAGAGCCAAAAACUUGUGUCGAAGCAACUCGUAAACCUGAGGAACAUAAAGCAAAACUCCUUGAACGUCGCAAGAGUCAAAAUAGCGAAGAGAAGACUUUGAGUAAAACAAUAUCAACAAUCUCUCAUUCUCAUUCAACUCCUGCGAGUCAGAAACAAAAAUCAGAAACAGAAAUCCAACAAAAAAAGACUCAAAUGAAAAAAGUAAAUUCGAUUGAAGAAGAAAAUGAAAAAGAAGGGCAACCGCAAUUUUUAAAGGGCGAGAAAGCGGCUCAGAAGGACAACAAGGAACAAUCUUCUACUAAGUUAACUUGUAUAGAAAAUGAAAACAAAUCCGAGCCGGCUAAAUUAGAAAGUUCCCUUACAAAGCAACCACACUCUGAACAUCAGGCAAUACAUGUGGACCGAUCAACAGAAGUACAAAAACCGCGAAAGGAACAUCAGAAAAUGAAUUCUAAAAAAAGAACAGCUGAGAAAACUGUUUCCUUAAAUGAAGUAGAGGGAAGCGAAAUCUGCGAGAAGCGUGCUAAAAUCGACGUGGCUGAAGAAAAGUUAUACAGUAUUCAAAAUGUAUGCGAUAGAGGAGCACAUUUUACAGAAUCGUUUGAAGUUGUUGCACCAAUUCCCGAAUCGCAGUCAUCUCAAAUAGCUCCUACUUGUAAGGAUACUAUAAAAGGGACAACUGAAGGCGAAGUAACUGCAUCUACGCUGCCCAAAGAAGCGAAACGGCGUAGGUCGGUUACAUUUACAGAUGCAAAUUCGAGUUCGGAUAGUGCUAUGUACAGCACGCGUAUCGAACAUGAUGACGAAAACAAAGCGAGCGUAGAUACUGUUACGUCAACGCAAGCGGGCGGGCUCGUAGAUUUGGAUGAAGAUAUCCAACAUAAAAAUGACGAUAUUCUUGAUAUUCUGCAGAAUGGUCGUGCCAUUGAUACGAUGUGUGAUAGUUUGCCCGCUCCCCAAACGCCAUCGUCUUUGCCAGCAAACAUCAGCCAGGAUUCGAAAUAUGAAGAAAUCGAUUCGCGUAUGCAGCUGAUUUUCGCGUCACCAAAAGUUUCUGAUAAAACGUCGACUUUGGCUGCGUUUGAUAAACAAAAUUCAGCUGCUUCCGAUUUGAUAAAAGUAUUACAGCCGGCAAUAGAAUCUGUGAAUGUUAGUUUGGCUCCAAUGCCCAUAUCUGCCAUAGCAUCUCCGCCUGUUGUUAAUGCAACACCGGUUGUUGUAAAAGCAAUACCGUCUGUUGAAAAUACAUCGUUGCCUGUUGUAAAUCCAUUGACGACUGUUGUAAAUGCAACGCCGCUUGUUGUAAAUCCAUUGACGACUGUUGUAAAACCAGCGCCUCCUGUUGUAAAUGAUUCGUCGCCUGUUGUAAGUGGAACGCCCCCAUUAGCAGUCACAGCGCAGACCACGGAUUUUAGCGUCAGCGAUACGGUCCUCAGUGAUAUCACCAUCAACUCUUUCCAUACUUCCAGCACCAACUUAACAGUAGAUGAAACCAAUCAAAGCACAAUUAAUAUGAAUUCAUCGCUCAGUGAUAGUAAUGCGAGUACGAAGCACAUUUCGCUGGGAUCGAGUGAUUAUCGCUUUGAAAAGGUUUCGGAAAAUGUAGUAAAUUUGUUUAUAACGCGUAAACGUCGUGGUAAGCGGAAGCCAAAUGCCUGCACCGCGACAAAAGAUACAAUACCAACAAUUUAGCUUGUAAUAAUAAUAAUUGUAUGU